GUAUCUUCUAUUUUUUGUCAUGCGGCAGCGCUUUCAUUGCAUUCCGUUCUAAAACAUUCUUGUUUUUGCUAAUGAAAGGCGGAAGACGUACUGUAGCUGUAUGAAUGCAUGCAUACCGGCGAUUGUGCUGGGAAUAUUCGAACAGCACUUCUGAACUGAAAGCAUCUAUCUAUCUAAUUAUCGAUCGAUCUAUCUAUAUCUAGCUACCCAAGGUAUACCCAAGAGACUUAACCUUGAAAAUGAGAGUUGGCAGCAGCCUCAGCCGUGGUCGUCCAUACGCAUUGCCAUGGAUGGUGCUAUUCCUUGUCGGUUGCUGGCUUGGAGUACUGGAGACGCCCUUCUUGGUUGCUGCGGCAGAGGCUUCGGCAGUCCAAGAAUCAUCCCUUGAUGGCGAUGGCGAUGGAACCACGGUCAAGUGUGCCGAACUUUCUCUGCCUGCAAAGGAAGACAAAGGAACGAAAGAACGUGAGUUAGCUACGACCUUUUCCAUAAUCACCCAGCCCUCCUCCAAUAAUGCUACCUCCAACCCAAAUACAACAACUGAAACUACGGUGGUGGUACCGGUAGUCCACCCCACGAAUUUCCGUCGUGGCGUGCCGUUUCAAUUCCAACACAUUUUCUUUUUGGGUGGAGAUUGCGGCAAUGAAUUCAAUUGGUACAAACCCUUUAUCGAUGCGGGAAUGGAAACCCUGCACCACCGCCCCCAAAUCAUUUGUCCACCGGGAUACGAUUCUACCGAGGGUGUAAUAUGGUGGACCCGUGAAUUUCAUUUGGCUGCCCUGCAAAUGGUCGAAGAAAUUGCGGGAGAUGCCCUCAAUGAAACGCUCGUCAUUACCGUGGGAGUCGGAUUGGAAAGUGAUUGGACACCGGUGGCCAAUUUACUACGCAAGGGCAUGGCGUUUUUUCAUGCCAAGGAAGAUCCACUCGAUCGACGCGGUUUCAAUCUGACAGAACACCAUCUCACGGAUCCCAACGAGUUUCUCUACUUGUACUUUCAAUGGGACGAAUACAAGGUUGCGGAAAGCAAUGGCAAGGAACUCUGUAGACUCAAGGGAGCCAAAUCACCGCUCAAAGUUGCCAAACUCGAUAGUGCCGGACGAGAUUCUUCGCCCCAAACGUACCGAGUUGAUUUGGCAUUGGCAGCCUUCCAACAAGCUUGUCCCGAAACGGAGGUUCAAAUACUUUGGAGUCUCUAUGACAAUGCCACACGCGAAGAAAUGGAAUCCACGCUCCUCUUCAAUCCACUCCCCGAUGUCAUCAUGACCGUCUCGGAUCACAUUGCCAAAAAGAUACUACUCGUGGCGGAAGAUGUCCUGACGGAUUCCGAAUACACGGCCGUCACCACCACUGGAUGGGACAAUGUCUAUCCCGAGCUACUCGCCCAACACAAAAUUCUCAUUACCGUUGAUCAAUUGGUACAUUAUCCCAAUUUGGGCAUUUGGAGAGCCAUUGGGACCAUUGUACGGAAUGUCCAAAAGACGGGGUUGAAUUCCACCGGUGCCAUCCAGUCCCAAGUGGGAUUGCCACCCGAUUCCAUGACCGUACAAGCGGAAGCCUUGACUGUAUCGGGAGAUCGGGCGGGAUAUCUCAUUAGCAAUCUACUGGCGGGGUACGAUCCCACAUUUCCACCCUACGAACAAGUCCAAGUAUCCACAGGAUUGUUUGGCGUUACCAUUACCGAAAUGGACCCUUUUGAUGGCAAAUUCGAAGCCGUCUUUUGGCUGCGCAUGAAAUGGCACGAUCCUCGACUGGGAUGGCAUCCCAUUGUCUAUGACGAUGAUUUGCCCAUUGAUCCGCAACAAAUCUGGACGCCACGACUCUACUUUGCCAAUGAUUUCAUGCACACGGAAUUGUACACGGCACCGGCCAUGCUCACGCACGACGGAACCGUCAUUAUGGAAACCAACAUGAAUGCACAAUUCUUGUGCUCUACCACGGAGGAGCUACGCAAUUUCCCCUUUGACACAUACAAUUGUUCCAUCGAUUUGGGAGCUCCCAAGGGGGUCACGUUGGACCAGAGUUUUGGUUUUCAAGUCAUUGAAAGUGAUCCUCAUUACGCAACCACGCACGCCAUUUACGGGGACAACAACAACGAGACGACGACGAGUGGUAGUGCAAGCAACAAUGUCCAAGUCGUCCACUACAAUCUCAAUUUUGUCCGACGGCCCUUUACCACCUACAUGCGGCUCAUUCUACCGGCCAUUCUCAUCAACUUGAUUGGAUUCAUGGCAUUUUGGAUUCCCGAGCUACCGGAAAGUGUCGCAUUGGGCAUUACGUCCCUGCUCUGUGCGCUCGCCUUUCGAGAGACGGUUGAAAUGCCCGAUACGGCCGAUAUUACUUGGACAGAAGUAUUCAUGUUGGUCAACAUUAGUUACCUGGCAUCGGUCAUGCUCAUUACAUGGUUCUCGUACAGCAGCACCACCCGCUUGGGGGCCCAAGUCAACAAACUAUGCUUGCCCUGUCACCCAAAAAAAGUGGUAAGGGACGUUCAGGUCGUUUCGGCAUCUGUCAUGCACCACCACGAGGGGCCCUUGGAUGCUCGAGCUGCGGAAAGGCUGAAACUGGAAGAUCAAUUGGAAACGCUCCGUGCCGAACUCGAAUUUUUCGAGGACGAUGAAAUCGUCGUUAAUGGUAUCAGCGACAAGGCCAGGAACAGCUACAGACCCCGAGAGAGCCACGCCAGCCUACUCGGUGGUAUCAUGACCAGUCGAGAAAGCACCAAACACAGUGCCAUAUCGAGCGAUAGCAUCCUCAGCAAGCGGAGAGCGGCUGAAAAGGAAAUACUAAAGUUUUCGGGGCACGAUGCAGAGGAAGAAAACGAAAUCGAUCUAGAGCAGGGGCCGCCGUUGCAAAAAUCACCGGGCAAUAACAAUAAUAGCAACUCCUGGGGCACAUUCGCGGGGGAUGAUAUGGGUGUGUCGUCCAUGCACAAGUCGGUCCUGGGAUAUGAAACCGUGCAUGCCAAUAAACGAACAUCCUUGGAACAGGAUGAGGACGACUUCUUGUCUGGGACAAGCUUCCAUGGGAGGAUUGGUGCCAGUUUUUACCGAGUCAUGGCUCCGUUUCGCAAACUGCGUGGCAAGGCCCAAUCAGAACCAGAGGAAGAAGAGAAACCAGCCCAGGAACAUAGGGUAAAUCGCUUUGAUCCAACAAAGGACAGAAGCCAUGCCAAUGUGGAUUGGAUUGGUCGUUGGUUUGUGGUCCCAAGCUACUUCGUGGUCAUGGCUACGCUACUGAUGGGAGGAUGGGGUUUCAAGUAAGAGCUAUGCAUUCGAAACGAAGUUGGGUUAGAGGGGACUAUGGGUGAGAAUGGGUCCCAGAGGAUCAUGGCAAGGUGCAAGGGCGGGAGCUGGACAAUUAGGAUUGCAGGCCAAUUGCACAAGUCAACAGGAGGAGGAAAAGGGAAGGGAAGGAAGACGUAAAAUGCAUCAAGGGCGAAGACUAGCGAUAGAGAUCAAGAGGGCCUCAAUGCCGGGAGCUCUCGAGCAAGGGCAAUGCUCAGUUGGGCGCUAUUAUAUUAGUACUGCGAGAGUUCAACGCGUUCUGAAACCACGUUGUAGCAGACAUUAGUAGGAUGUCAGGACAAAAAUCAGGGAGGUUCUCGACCACACAAUCGUCCGUGUUCCGCGCUUGCACAGCCAAUCCGUGUCUUCUGAAUCGAAGUAAGCGCCCAAUGUCGGUUUGAAGACACUGAGCUGAGUUUGCUCUGCAUGGUUUCUUUGCCUUGAGCCAUCAUCCAGGUAGUGCAAAACUUUUCGUUGGCGAUGCCUGUGGGCGUUGUUCCACUGGUACAACCCACCACAAGGAAGAGACAAAACCACAAGGAGGCUGCUGGCUUGAGGCUCACCACCCCAGGAUUCGAGUGCGCGCCUGUUGUCUUCUGGCAUGGCUGUGUUUGGCAUUUCUGGGGAAGCUUUGGUGGGUGUCUUCAAUUGUUGGAGCCCAAGCGUAUCAGAACGAUUGUACGGCACAGACUUGGAUCCAUACCGCGACACGCCUGAGUACGAACGCUAAACUGGCAAGUCGUGGAUUCUUCAGCAGAACAGGUUUACUCCAUGGACCUGUAAAUAAAUCUCUGAGACUGGGGCACAAAAGAUCUAUUUUUAAAAUUUAUUUAGGUAUUGGACUCGUGAGGGUGGGGAAAGGGAUUAUAAAUGUGGUUUCGUCCAAUCGCGCCAUGACAUGCUUGAUGGUACUAUCUUAAUUAACAUCUCUACAUUGCUCCCUUGAUAUUAAGAACAUCCGAGAUAGAUGUUGAGUACUGAGAUUUGG